UUUGACAUUUGUGACAGUUGUUUUUAUUAAAUGCAAAUUAUAAAUUAUAAAAAAUGGCAAAUUCUAAUGAACCUGAAGAAACAAACCUUCUAACUGUAUUUAACCAGGGUUUAGAUUUAUACAACUCAAUUUGUAACAGCAGUGAACAUACAAAUAGUUCUACAGUACAGAGCAAUGUAAAAAAAGCAAUGAGCCUUUUUGAACAAGCCACUCAUUUGGUAUCAUAUGCCGGAAUCUUUAGCACCAAUGAAGGAAUUGAAGAAGUAGCAACAAAUGAUCUACAGUAUUUACUUCUUCCAGCACUAUUAGGUUCUCUAAGUUUAAAAUUAACCAAUGGUGAACGUAAAGAAAUCAUAGACGUUGCCGAAAUUUAUUAUAAAGAUUUUAUGAGUAGGUGCAAUGAUUAUGGUUUAAGUAAUUAUGUCUUUAAUGAAAAGAAAGAACAAAAGGAACCACAGAAUGAAUUCGAUAAAAUCGCAGUAUCAGUAAAUACCAGGGCAAGCAAAAUACAGAGGUACAAGGAACAAAAAGAAUUGAAAUCAAAAUUAGCUAAUUUAAAAACGAAUAUGGAGAAUGAGCAUGCUGAUGAAGAAAUUAAAAGAGAUUAUUUCCUAACUAUGAUAAAGUCAUUUAUUCAUGAAGCAGUGGAUGAACUAAAUAGCAUAGAAAUGGAGAAGCCAUUACUAGAAUACAUGGCCACUGUAAAAAAGGAUGAAAAGAAGCCAGAACCAAGGAGACCAAUUACCCCACUUAAGCCCAUAAUUAUUACAAAGGAUGCAGUUCAGAAAGCAGUAUUUGGUGCUGGAUAUCCUUCCUUGCCGACAAUGACUGUACAAGAAUUUUAUGAUAAAAGGAUAAAGGAUGGAAUUUUUCCUGAUCCUUCUAAACAACCUACUGGUCCCUUGAGUUUGCAACAAUCUGCUUUAGCUGGAUUGGAUUUAAACAGUGAAGAAAAGGAAGCAGAAGAAAAAGAAAAAAACCUUGAAAAUGACGAUCCAGAAUAUAUUCAAAGGAUGAGACGAAUGGAUGAAUAUAAAGAUGAACACAGAAGAGGAUGGGGAAAUAGGGCAAAUAGGAGUUAAACUAAAAUAUACUGUCGGCGUAACAUCCAUAAUUUUUGGAGUUUUCAUUAUUUAGAUGCACUGUAAUUCUGAAAUAAAUGUCUAAACAUUGAUUGUGACCUUUUAAAUAAACAAUGUUUGCUCACUA